UCAGUACGACAGUUCAACGAGCGUGUCUUCCGAGACUGGACCGCUUAAGCAAUUAUUUAACACUUAAAUCCUAAAUUUUAUCAAAAAAAUACCACCAAAAUUCAGACAAUCAAUCUAUGUAAAUAAAAAUAAAUAUCAGUCUCUUAUCUCUGACCGAGGUCUCAACUUUGACCCAGGCUCCCUCCAAACUAUCGCUCAGUGGUUUACAGUAUAAACAGAUCGAUGGUUCCGCAAGUACGAAGGCCGAAAGACUUGUACAUUCGGGUUGGAGCACCAAUAUGACUCCGAACUACUGAACUAGCAUAAAUCAGAAGCGCUUGACUGACCGGGUGGUUGUAAAUAAUCCCGAGUGUAAUUAACCAGAUCGCGAGUGUAUGAAAAUGAAACGAAAAAAUGAAAAAUAACAAAUUAGAGCGUGGGUGAAUGAAUAAAUAGAGUUUGAAAUUUAGCGUGUGGUUUUUAUACAUGUCACUGUUUUUUAUUUAUUAUCCGAGGCACCAGGAUUGGGUUCUACUCAGCAAUGAGGUUGUACUCGCGAAUGACUCGCGCAAUGUGAAUGAUUGAGUGGAACGUAUCGCAUCGAUGAAUGAUGCCAUGUGUUCUUGGCAUGGCUGAAAUGCGAUCGGACGCCGAUUAAAUUUUGCUCUUGCUCUCUAUACUUAUACAUUUGCAAUAUACAUGUGCAAAAAAUAUACAUCUACAUCCACUACCUUCAACUCCGCAUCCAUAUGCCUCUGUGUCACUCGAGGGUAACUAUAGUGUGACAAAUAGUUAAGUGCAGAUCCGAGUAACCUCAAGUAUGUUUACCCUGGAAUGUCACGUGUAAUCGAGCAAGAGAUGUCCUACUGAGAUUUCAACCACGCUUAUUUUUUAUUACAUUCUAUAUUAAAUCAAUUAAUACAUGAUAUAUCCAACUACUUGCUGAUCGAUUGAUUGAUUGAUUAGCCGGAAAAAUCUACUUUCUACAGCAAUUAUUUUUUCUUAUCGCGAGUGAUUUUAUUUCGUGUUUAUUGUGUUGAAAUAAUUUUUUUUGUGACAAAUUAUUGUGUACAAAUUUUUGUGAUUUAUUGCUGCACUAAAAAUCAUAAGUGAAUUUUAAAUUUUAAAUCAUCAAGCCGAGCAAAAACUUCUUUACCGACAAAAGAAGAAAUUAUAAUUAAAAUUACCUUUUAACAAUAUUUUCUAUUUGGAUAUACACCUCUGCUAAAGUGUCAAAACAUUGAAGUUGGAUUUAAUUAAAAAUCCAGGAAUUUUCACUCCAGGGAGUGUUUUUUUUUUGUUUUUUUUUCAGUGUGAAUGCAUAAGUGGGUUUAAAAAUUCAUAAGAUCGUCGAACCUGGAAUUUUAAUCACCUAUUUUGAUACUUAUCUUAUUUUGUCUGUAUAUUUAAUAUAUACUGGAUAUUAUCAGAAGUGAUUUUAUUUCGACUAGUGAAGAGUGAUGCUCGAUCGGUAGAUAUAUUACCUUGGAAUCAAUAACGGUUCUCCAGUGAUUGGAAUAAAACAACCUGCACCCAAACCACCACUCACUAUCCACGGCCAUCACGCGUAGUCAAAGCUAGAGGCCUCACCAUGGAGUGCGGCAAGGGUCGGCGGAGAGGCCUACUUGGCAGUUUAAUCCUUGUCUGGUUUUUCAUCAGCGAUUGUAUUGUCGCGACACGAGAAAGAGAACGUUCGAACCUUUACGAUACGGCGUAUGAAUGCGAGGGCAAAACACUGAGGAUAGAGUGCGGAGAGGGAGAAUUGAUACAUCUGAUAAGAGCGAACUAUGGAAGGUUUUCGAUAACAAUAUGCAACGAACACGGGAACACAGAUUGGAGCGUCAACUGCAUGGCUCAGAAAUCUUUCCGUGUUCUCUACAACAAGUGCAAUUUAAAACAAAACUGCAGUAUCACAGCUUCGCCGGUACAUUUUGGAGACCCUUGUCCCAGUACGCUUAAGUACCUCGAAGCCCAUUAUCAGUGUCAAUCUGCUGCAACGACAACAACGACAUCAAGACCAAGUCCACCGUGGUUGAUAACCACUCAGCCAAGUGUAUGGACUACGGGCAGUCCCAGCGUGAGACCGCCAUCCAGGACAACGAGUUUCCCAGCUCAACUCCCGGCUAUAACCACCCUCGGUCCGUCCGUAACAACCCCGUCCAGCCCGGCAAGCUCGGCUCGGCCAGUUGUUGUCGAUGAGACUGAAGACGUCGAGAGGGAUGAUUUGAGGCCCUCUUCCAAGGACAAUGUCAGCCCGCUCGCGCCCAUUGUUCCAGUAACCACUGAGCCAUCUACUGAACACAGUUAUGUAUCAUGGAAGACCAGCCGGCGACCUAUUGUGUCGACGAGCAUUCCGUAUACCGAUCACAACUCGAACGGCAAGUGGCACGAGUACAACCGACAGGUUUGUCCGCCAACGGCAGCCCGGCAGCUCAUCUGGAAUGCGACGCGAGCCGGAGAGAUCGCGCUCCAAAGUUGUCCCGGCGGAGCUAACGGUCUGGCCAAGUGGAAAUGUGUCGCCACGGAGGACUCGGCGGUGUGGUUCCGCGACUCCCCGGACCUCAGCGAGUGCCGGACCCUCUGGCUUACUACCCUGGACAACCGCGUCUCCGAGGGCGACACCAUCCUGUCGAUCGCCCCCGAGCUUGCCGUCGUCACCGACAACACCCGCAUCCUCUACGGCGGGGACAUGAUGACCACCACCAAAAUAAUCCGCAACAUGGCCGAGAAAAUGUCCCAGAACAUCAGGAAUUAUCAGGACCCCAGGCAGAGAGAAGUUAGCGUUACCGAGUUGCUCCAAAGUGUCGUUAGAACUGGAAGUAACUUGCUUGAUACCGCUCAAAUGGCCUCCUGGAAGGACUUGAGCCAUCAAGAGCAGAUGAGAGUCGCAACCUCCCUGCUUAUUGGGCUGGAGGAAAACGCUUUUCUUCUGGCUGAAACACUUAAUCAGCAGAAAACUUUUGUACAGCAGGGAACUAAUAUAUUAAUGGAAGUGCGAGUGCUAGAAAUUCGCAAUAUAAUCAGCGGGUCAGAAAUCUUCCCCCCGGAGUCGGUCCAAGAAAAGUGGACUGUGUCAAACAACCGCGUGGAGCUCUCGAAGCAGUCGUUGCUGGAGAACAGCAGCGAGGACGGGAUAGUCAGGCUGGUGUUUAUGGCAUUCGACCGGCUGGAGGAGAUUCUCCAGCCUCAAAUAGAGGACUCGUUCGUGAGCCUGAACGAGGAGGCCCGCUCUCCGCGGAAUAUCAGCAACAGAAUACUCAACAGCAAAGUUAUCUCGGCAUCUCUGGGAAAAGGUCGGCACAUGCAGCUAUCCGAGCCAGUUCGUAUCUAUUUUGAGCACCUCGCCGUUGAAAACGUAACUAAUCCCACUUGUGUGUACUGGGAUUACGUAAUGAGCGUUUGGUCGGAGCAAGGCUGUCGCACCACAAGAAGCAACGAGACCCACACCGUCUGCGAGUGCAAUCAUCUGACAAACUUCGCGGUCCUGAUGGACGUCCACGCGGUUAAGCUGGACAUGACGCACCAAGUCGCGUUGCAAAUCGUCACCUACGUCGGAUGCAUCAUCUCGGUUGUCUGUCUCGUUCUCACUAUCAUGACAUUUCAGCUGUUUCGCGGACUCAAGUCGGACCGGACAACCAUUCAUAAGAAUCUUUGUGUCUGUCUACUUAUCGCAGAAGUAUUAUUUGUUUGCGGGAUCGGACAAACCGACCAAAGAAUUGUCUGCGGCGUUGUCGCUGGUCUCCUACAUUUCUUCUUUCUUUGUGCCUUCGCCUGGAUGUUCCUCGAAGGUUUUCAAUUGUAUGUAAUGCUAAUAGAAGUGUUUGAAGCUGAAAAAUCCCGCCUACGCUGGUACUACUUAAUAGCAUACGGCGGUCCAUUGCUAGUUGUUGCAAUUUCUUGCAUAAUAGAUCCUCUGAGUUAUGGAACAGAUCGAUACUGCUGGCUUAGGGCAGACAACUACUUCAUCUUCAGCUUCGUGGGACCCGUCAUACUCGUUAUACUGGCAAACGUUGUGUUCCUGUCGAUGGCGAUAUAUAUGAUGUGUCGACACGCUAGCACCGCGGUAUCUAUGAAAAGCAAAGAACACUCACGACUCGCGAGUGCUAGUGGAAAGGAAGAGAAUGCUCUUCCCAACAAAUUGCAAACGCACUUGGCAUGGCUGAGAGGCGCGAUCAUGCUAGUAUUCUUACUAGGAUUAACCUGGACCUUCGGAUUGCUCUAUUUAAACCAAGAAACCGUAAUAAUGGCGUACUUAUUCACCGCCCUAAACAGCCUGCAAGGAAUGUUUAUAUUUGUCUUUCAUUGCAUUCAAAAUGAGAAGGUGCGUAAGGAGUACAGAAAGUUCAUAAGAAGACACUCGUGGCUGCCGAAGUGUCUGCGCUGUUCAAAGACAGUAACAGGAAGUUCCGGUGGCGGGUCUUCGGGAACGAGCGUAGGAGCAGCGGGAGUAAACGGAGGCAAGGACUUUUCAUCCCACAACACAUCCUCGAACCCGUCGGCCCCGACGACCGAUAGCUCUGGAUUAUCGCCGCACGCGGCAUCAAAUUACUUGAUGUCAGGGCGAGGCUGGCCAAACAACGAUAGACAACCAGCGGCACCGGUGGCACCAGUAACUCGCGAGACCGCAUCUACAGAUGCAUCCGCAGUCGCUACUUUGCCGCACACUCGUCACGCAUUUUUUCCGUCAGCUCCUAAUAUCCCAAAAUCUGCCACCGCCACUUGGGGCCCUAUUAACAAAAACCUCAUGUGGAAGAACAUUUCUUUUAAGUCGUAUUCCCGUGACUCCGGACACGGCGGUUCCGAGCAAGAGGAAUCCCCGCGUACCCACAACACAAUGACCCUCGGCGGACACACAGGACGAACUCGGGGCAGCAGCAGGCAGCUGAUGACGGACAUCACCAACCUGGACAUCAAUAACCGAUCAUCGAGCAUCGCGGGAGUAGCCGGGGGCAUAGGUCGCCGAGCAGCCUCUCCGUACAACCACACUUACACGGAGAUCCGGGACGGGAGCCGCCCGGGAACGGGGUACCACACGAACCACACUCACGUCCACCUGUCCCGCGGGCUGGUGGGCGAGGACGACCCCGUCUACGAGGAGAUAGAGCGGAACGGGAGCGGCGUCGUCGGGGAGAUCCAGGUCUCAGACAUGUCCGACGAGGACGGCCGUCGCCAGAGCGACAUGAGCCGGCAAUCUUCGCGCAGCUACGGCGACCACCGGCCGCUCAUCCCUUAUUCACCCGCGAACGACCGGAACUUUGUCCACUACGGGCAGUCGAUGGACCGGAACAACCUCCUGCAGUACGAGCCCUCCCAGUACAGCCCGGCUCAAGAGCGGACUCUAAACGCCUGCUGGGAGAAGCUCCGGCGCCAGCAGGCCAAGUACGAGCUCGGCGAGAUCAACAAUCGCCUCCAGUCAAACACCUACGGGAUGUCCCAGCCCGACCACACCAGGACCGUCGCCGUCCUUGAUGGACAUACGGUUGUUUGCCAUCUUCAACCUCAGACGGACAUGUACACCGGUCGCGGAGUUCCUCCGCCCUCUUACAGCGAGUGUUAAUAGGUCAUCAAUCAAUCUGUGUUACGUCAUUACGAUAUUUAAUUUUUUAAUCAAUCAAUCGGUAUAAAUAGUAAUUGAUAUCAUUGUAUAUUAAUUAGUCGGUUACUGAUGCUAAAAAUCUAUCAAAGAUAAGGAUCUUUUUUUUUAUUUGUUGAUAAAAAAAA